AAACUUUCCAUGAAUUGACAUACAAGAAAAAUGAAUAUAUAUGAAAGGGAAAAAUUGUCAACCCUGUAUGAUACAAUUACUAUAUAAAUAUCACACAACCUUUGAUACCAAAAGAUAGAUACUUGUGUAUAGGAUUAUUCAGUUGAAUAUCUUAGAACAUUCAGAUCAGAACUCGAAGUUCAACUCGAUUCAUUGUUAUACUUUGAACAAACUUUUCCUCUCUACACCUUCAUUCAUAAAAUACUCUUCAUGGUAAUAGUGUCUAGUGAAUUUCAAUUGUAUAUUAUUCAUUUUAUUAUUGUUUUUCUUAAUAUGAUUAACCAUUGAUUCAAAUUAAAUUAAAUCAAUUUAAUCGGAUUUAUAUACAUUUACCUUUGGUUCACCAAGUAAAUCAACUUUGGUCUUGAUCAUUGGACUUGCUGAGUUUACAUUUGAAACUUGAUAACUUUUUUUUGGGCUAAAAAAUUCAGAACUUUCAAAAAUGGAUAAGAAUCGGGAAAUUCAGCUUAUUUCAUAUAUUAUCAUGUUCUGGUUUGUUUUAUAUGGACAAGUUAAUUCACUUGAUUGCAGGAGACAUGUUUUUGCCCCAGGGUGUCGUGGUAUCGUUGCUAAGAGGACACAUAAUGUUAAAUUUGAUACUCAAACAAGCAAAUCAAUUUCACCAGACACAAUUCAAUCAUCAUCCUCAUCAUCAACAUCAUCAUUAUUAUCACCAUUAAGUGAUGAAGACCUGAUUGAUCCAGAACGAUCUGAAUCAAUACAAUUAAAACGUUUCAAUUUACCUCUAAUUUUUAUGCUUAAUCGUGGUGGUAAUAAACCCUCAGCAAUCAGUCCAGAUUUCAAUAACAACAAUCCAAUGGGAUGGUUAUUCAGUUUGACAUCAACCAAUAACAACAAUGGCAACUCGAUCCCGUUAACACCAAUAAUGGAUUCAGAUCAUCACAAUGAAAGACAAUCAGCUGAUAAUUUUGAUUGAUUUAGAUUUCAACCAGUGAUCAAGUUUUAAUUGCAAUGCUUCAUUCUCAUGUCUUCUUAUUGUUCAAAUUUUGAUCAGUUCAUUCAUCACACUAUCAAUUGCUAUUCAUUUAGGUUAAUCAUUGUGUUUAAUUAAACUGUUUUACAGAACAUCCAUAA